AUGACGAGCAAGCAUGUGGUGGGGAAUGUUUUCGCUGCUACGGCUGUUCUGCGAUGUGGACGCUUCGUCAGCGGUACGCGAUUAGGAUGUAGCUCCGGGAAAAUUAUUAUCCCGACACUUCCUACUUCAGGGGUGGUUGAAAGGAACCUCGGAUCGUUUUCCUCCACUUCGGCUCUGGGCCGUGGAAGCAGCGAGUACUACGAAAACAAGAGGAUGGACCCUGCAGUGGGACAAUUUCUUGGCGGUGAUGCCAGUGCUACACUUCGGCGGCAGCAGCAGCUUGAGCAUUUUCGCAACGCUACGGAGGACGCCGCCGUGAGGAUAUGGCGGGACUCUAAGAGCCACAUUCGACGGCAGGAAAAACUUGUGCAAGAUAUAGGUGUAGAAGGGGCAGUUCGAGAGCUGCUCCAGCCUACACAAAUUUCAUUUCGUCAGGAGCUACGUCAGCGCCCAUUGGACCGCGGUAUCCUGGAGGAAAUAUAUAAGGGACUGCACGGGAGGCGGAUCGAAAGGCAGUUGAAAAGGGGUGUGUCAUGGGAGCAUUGGAUUACAAAGGGUGAUGGCACCGCACCGGUGUUCACCGCCUCUAGGAAGGCACAGCAAACAUUUGCGUUUGGUGGUAACAUUAAGCUAGUGGCGAAGGCGACACACCCCAAACAGUUCCCGGUUAUGGCCAUGGGUGGAGGGUAUGAAAGCAGCAACGGUGUUUUCGCAAUGGGGGAGUCGCAGCGUUUGGUGCCGGAGGUUGCGUUUGUUGGUCGCACUUCGAGUGGAAAAUCGUCACUGGUGAAUGCCAUUGUAAAUGCGAUGGUUGCACCGUAUGGGCACCUGCAGGGGACGACUAGCUCCGUUAACUUCUACAACAUUGCAGACAAAAUAGUACUUGUAGACUGCCCGGGGUACGGUUAUUACAAUCCAAUGGAAACACCUCAUCUGGACGCGGAGAAUGCCGUGGCGUCAAUGCGUGCGUAUCUCACUUCAUGCAGCCGUUGCGUUGACGAGAAGCAAGCGGUGGCGGGUACGGGCCGUAUCAACAUAGCAGAGCGGGCCGCUAAGGACAAGGCGGCAAAGCAUGGGAACAGAAGUCGCAUUCGUGCUCCGGGUGUACCUCGUCCGAUUAAGCGUGUAUUCGUUUGUGUGUCUGCACGCGGGAUGCAACACAGUGAUUUGGCGUACCUGGACCACCUAGAGACUCUCUCCCUUCCCUUCUCUGUUGUUCUCACAAAAACGGAUGCCGCGCCCAUUCGAUUUCUUGCGCGGCUUGCGGACCACACACGCUGCCAGCUUGUUCAUUACAAGAAUUGCAAGGAGCUACUUCUAACGAGCUCACUUCGGCUUGCCGGAAUUGACAAAAUGCAGAGUCUUAUUGGAAGUAUGGCACUUGGGGAAGACAAGCUGCAUGGCGCGACGACUGACUUCAGCGCCAUUGUUUAA